AUGAUCAGCGGACGGCAGUAUUACGAGAUACCGCCUGCGAGCCAAGCGACCACGACUUCCUACAAAGGCAACAGACGGUUCGAUCCUGAUUACGGACUCAACUAUAGCCACCACAGCUACGCUAUUGAACAGAAAGACUACCGGGCCACCCGGGCAGUCUCUGGCCUUGGGCCUGCCGGUGCAAGGCAAUCGCUGUCAGCGCUGGACGACAGUCGUGCCAACGAAAUUCGACAUGGCGUCUACGCACACGUUUUCCUCGAUGUCAAAAAUAGCAGCAAAUCACACGUUCCGUAA